CGUGAAAGCAGUGUGGUCAGAAAGGGGGCGUUCAAGAAAAUGACGUCACCAGUGAGAGAGGACUAAACAACAGCUUUCAGUACUCUGAAGGAGAAGAGAGGUUCCUAGGUUCACACCAGCAGCUGCUCUGAGGAGUUUCUUCUCAGUGAAAGCCAGGCGGGAGUCUCAUUAACUUAUAGAAAGAGUUCAGAUCUGUUGGCAGAUUGGCUCAGGAUCUCCUCAUGAAGAACGGGUCUGAGACGAUGGAGACAGAGGAGGACCUCCUCACUCUGCUCCACAUCAAGCUGUACCACCCGCAGCAGAGCUGCAAAGGUCUCUACAGCUUGCUGCCCCUGGGGACCAGGAGCAGACACUCUGCUGAUGAUCCUCUCAGGCUGGGCCGUGACGCCCAGGCCUGCACCUACUGUCUGGCUGACCCUCGGGUGUCCCGCAAGCAGCUGGCCCUCAGCGCCUACCGUACACCCCAGAGCCCCGAGAUCCUCUUCAGCGUCCAGAACCUGAGCCAGAGGGGGCGACUGUCGGUGAACGGCUCGUCGCUGGGCCACCUGGAGAAGAUGGACCUCCCGGACAAGGCUCUGAUCCGCUUCGGAGAGUACGAGGUGCUCAUCGUUCGGGAGCCCGGAGAGGCCAAGGCCAGCUUUGAGGUGGACCUGGAGGUGCUGCCAGUGUCCCCGUCCAGAGAGACAUGCAGCAGUGAGCCGGGGAGGGCACCUGUCAUGGACACGGCUUGGCUCGGGAAAACAGGUCCUCAGGAGACUGAUGAGACUCUCAUCUGUUACUCGUGAUGAACAGGACCGACUGAUGCAGACUUACUGUCUGUCAGCGGCAUCUUUGGGACACGAUCCAGUUUUUCUAUUUGUUACAUUGCAACGCCUGUCAUGGCUCUUUAUAUGAAGGCAUUCAUAUUGUACCAGUUUAAAGUUGUAUUUAAUGUUAAGCCAUAAAAGAUGUUUUACUUCUAA